AUGUACUUCAGUGUGCGUGCCCAGUGUUACAAGCUGCAGUCUGAUGUUCGGAUUCCAGCAGACCUCACGACCCAUCCUGCAAGUGGCAUUCAGCUUUUCCUGCCGUGGAAGAUGGAAGUUGGCCAGGACGAGCACCUUGGAGAUGCAAUGGCUCAUGGCAUUGACAUGAGCUUUGGGGAGUUUGUCAGCCGCAACACUGUGAAGGGCAGGACUGGUGGCCAGCAUCUGCAUUGUCCAUGGUCAUGUGUGGCGUGGCCGAGUUUGGAUAUUGCAGGCAUCUGCAACUUCAUCAUGAAGAAGCACUUGGCCAUGGCAGUGUUGAAGGUUACAAUUCCAUGGCAGAGCCUGACCAGCAACUCUCUGACUAUGUCCUUUGUUGCAGAGUCCAUCUUCCCGCAUUACCGGCUUCAUGUGAAUGAGACGAUGCUGAAGUUCUUCAAGAAGUAUGGCCAGCCUGAGAUUGUCAAGUUCAUUUUGCGUGCUGAGAAGUAUGAGGAUAGCAUCAGCUUAUUCAGUGCACUGAGGCAGCGUAAAUGUGUCCUCAAAGAGGAAGAAGAAGAGCUGCAAGAUUUCUUGGCUGUGAAACGGGCCAGACUGGCAGCUGUCCGCAAGGAGCUGCAAGCCAUCCAAGAACAAGUGGAUGCGGAGGCAGACGCCAUGAAUGCAGUUGUGCAACUGAAUGAAUCCGGCUGUGCGCAGGGCAAGCUGUGUCCUUCUGUGCGUGGGCUGGCCCAAGGAAGCUCUCACAGCUUUCCAUUGGCACAUGAAAUGGGAAGUGAAGCAGAGGCUGAGGCUCUGCCAUCUGGCUCUGAGACCGCAGAAUCAUGCGAGUGUGUGGAAGAGGGCUUGCCAAGUGCAACCCUUUGCUGCCAACAGCAUUGCUAUCAAGCCAUCCUGGACGAACACGGCCCCCGGCUUGAUGAAAUCUCUGUGGCCUUGCGGGAGUCCCGGAACAACGAGCAGAAAACAAUGGUCCAUGAGUUCAUGGCAGAGCCCUUGCCGGAAGCCCCAAGCAGUUCUAUGGCCAGCUUUGCGCCAGCAGUCCAAGCAAGGAAUUUCAUGGAUAUGGCGCAGAAGGCAGAAUACUUUGAGAAGGAGAUUCGUCAUUUGGGUGAAAGGUUCAAGGGCUUUGCGAGACAGAGUCAGUGUCGGGCAGACUCAAAGCUCGUGAGCGAGGCCUUUCAAGGCCACUUGAAAGUUGUCAUGAAGGACCGGUCAAUGUGCGCGAGGUGGCGGUUGAUGGCUCGCAACUACGCAUGUUCAGACCUCGGUGGGGCGGAGGAUGCCACAACAUGGCUUAACAUGUUCGUGGAUGGAAUGGACAUGGCCAAGUUCGGGAUCCCCCGCAACGUCAGCAAGGCCAAGGCCUUUGAAGCCCUGACUAAGCCCGAAACUUUGCUGCAGUUGAAGGAGGUGAAGUGUUCGGUGGUUGUGACCGAAGGAAUUGCAGAGACAUUUUGUCUCAUGGAUCCCAUAGUGGCUUCUACAUCCAAUUUGGAUAUGACACUCUUGACUGAGGAGAUCCGGCAGGCCUUCCGGGCACUAGCUGCCAAAGAUUUGCCUCUGCCAAGUGGCUUGCGUAUACAUGCAGACAACUGCCCUGCCGAAACCAAGAAUCAGUACUGCCUCAUGUGGGGUGGCUGGAUGCUCAGCAUGAACCUCUUCCAGCAGGUGCACUUCACAUACUUUAUGAAGGGUCACUCCCACGGCUUACCUGAUCAGCGCUUCAGCGAGGUCCGCACUGCCCUGCUCAAUGCAUCAUGGAUCGAGGAUCUGAAUGGUUUUCAGUCUGUGAUCAAGGGCGGUGUCAAGGGCCGGCAGGGACGUGAGCUGCGAACAAGACAUGUUGAAGCCACGUACGAUUACAAGGGCUUCUUGAGUGGCCUGGAGUGGGGGCUGAGCGGCCACGUGCAAACAGCAGCAAACAGGCAGAAAAAUGUUCAGGCCUGCCAUUCCUUCUUGCUGGUGAAGCGCAAGGUGGCCCAACGUUUUGCGGUCAUCCUGGAGGAGGAUGACAAUGAUGAGCCCAAGCAUGAUGACGACAUCAUGAUGAUCACAAAGCUGUAUGUCAGCUCAGAUGAAGUGUCACAGGCUUUCCGGUUCCUGCCACACACAGCCUUUGACAAGCUCUCCGGCCAGUUCCCUGUUGCAGAUGUUCCCUUGAAGAAGCUGCCAGCGAAAACUGUGAAGGACCCUGGAAGUGGUGGUGUCAGUGAGUAA